CAAAUGUCCGCUUUUACAUUGAAGUGGGUGGAGUGACGCAAAAUUGCAGAGUUCCAUGAGCAGAACUCCAAACCCACUCACAAAUCCUCCCUCAAACCCUCAAAUCCUCUCCCUCUUCAACCCCUGCAAAACCCUGAGACAUCUCAAACAACUCCAUGCCCAGAUCAUCACCCACCAUAACUCCCCUUUUCAACUCUCCGCCUUGGCCUCUCUCUCUGCCCUUUCCCCAUUUCCAACGUUCCUGGCCUAUGCCAAGACCAUCUUCCACCACCUCCAAAACCCACCUCCCUCACUCUACAACUCCCUCAUCAGAGCCCUCUCCUCAGGUAAAACCCCAUUUGAGGCACUCCCAUUGUACCACACUAUGCUCCAAAGCAGCCUAAAGCCUGAUCACAUGACGUACCCUUUUGUUAUAAAAGCUGGUAAUGAGUCAUCCGUGACUUGGUUUGGGUUAUUGGUUCAUACCCAUGUUGUUAAAAGUGGUUUUGAGUGCGAUUCUUAUAUUCUCAGCUCUUUGAUUCAUUUAUAUGCAAAUGGGAAAGAUUUGGGUGCUGCUAAGCAGCUUUUUAAUCUGUGUUCUGACAGAGGUGUGGUUUCUUGGAAUGCAAUGAUUGAUGGGUAUGUUAAGCGUGGUGAAAUGGGGCAUGCUCGGAUGGUAUUUGAUAGGAUGGUGUGUAGGGACGUGAUUUCUUGGAAUACUAUGAUCAAUGGCUAUGCAAUUGUCGGGAAGAUUGACGAAGCUAAGAGACUGUUUGAUGAAAUGCCUGAGAGAAAUCUGGUAUCUUGGAAUUCCAUGUUAUCUGGGUUUGUCAAAUGUGGGAAUGUGGAGGAGGCUUUUGGGCUGUUCAGUGAGAUGCCCUGUAGGGAUGUAGUGUCAUGGAACUCUAUGUUGGCAUGCUACGCGCAGUGUGGGAAGCCGAAUGAGGCCCUGGCACUUUUUGAUCAAAUGCGGGUUGUGGGCGUAAAGCCAUCUGAAGCAACUGUUGUCAGCCUCUUAUCGGCUUGUGCCCAUUUGGGCGCUUUGGAUAAGGGUUUGCAUUUGCAUACUUAUAUCAAUGAUAAUAGAAUUGAGGUCAAUUCCAUUGUUGGCACUGCACUUGUGGACAUGUAUGUGAAAUGUGGAAAAAUUUCCCUUGCCACGCAAGUUUUUAAUGCAAUGGAGUCCAAAGAUGUUCUAGCUUGGAACACAAUCAUAGCAGGCAUGGCCAUACACGGCCAUGUCAAAGAAGCCCAACAACUUUUCAAGGAGAUGAAAGAGGCGGGUGUUGAACCAAAUGACAUAACCGUUGUAGCUAUGCUCAGUGACUGUAGCCAUGCUGGAAUGGUCGAUGAAGGUCAAAAACUCUUAGACUGCAUGGGCAGCAGUUAUGGGAUUGAGCCAAAGGUUGAGCAUUAUGGUUGUGUUAUUGAUCUCCUUGCCCGCGCAGGGCUCUUGGAGGAGGCUAUGGAACUUAUAGGGACCAUGCCCAUGGAGCCCAACCCAAGCGCGUUGGGGGCAUUGCUUGGAGGCUGCAGGAUCCAUGGCAACUUUGAGCUGGGUGAGAUGCUACAUCCUCCUCUCAAACAUAUAUGCAGCAGCAAAAAAAUGGGACGAUGCAAGAAAAGUGAGGAACCUUAUGAAGGUCAACGGCAUCUCCAAAGGUGCUAGGAGUGAGCGUGAUUGAGCUGAAAGGCAUGGUGCAUCGGUUUGUGGCUGGUGACUAGUCACACCCGGAAUCAAACAAGAUAUAUGAGAAGUUGAAUGAGAUACACACAAGGCUGAAGAGUGCAAUUGGGUAUUCAGCAGAUACCGGGAAUGGGUUGUUGGACAUGGAAGAGGAAGAUAAAGAACAUGCUCUAGCUGUUCAUAGUGAGAAGCUGGCCAUUGCUUAUGGGCUACUACACUUGGAUUCAAAAGAAGCCAUUAGGAUUGUGAAGAACCUUAGGGUUUGUAGAGAUUGUCACCAUGUCACCAAGCUGAUUUCAAAGGUUUAUGGUGGAGAAAUUAUUGUAGGGGACCGGAAUCGGUUUCAUCAUUUUGAAGAUGGUGAAUGUUCCUGUCUUGAUUUUUGGUAGAGUCAGUGUUAAAUAUUGAA